CCUUCCCCCCAUUACGGUUGGAGCUUCAGGGAUUUUGUUACAGUACUGUUGUUCUCUUCCACCUCCGGAAUAGCAAAAGAGGAGGAUCUCUGUUUCCCUUACAACCUUUCUCUACUCCAUUACAUUAAUCUGGCGUUGAGAAAGGUACAGAGACCAAAAUGAAAGCUUUGUAGGUUGACAGUUCGGCUCCAAUGCAUUGCAUUGCGUAAUCCAGCAGCAAUUAUGAUUUACAGCAGAAUUCACAUAUAAGGAAGAAAAAAAAAAGACAGUCUUUACUCUCGAGUGCGGCUUUUGAGCGCGGAGGCAAAGCAGAGGAAGCGACUGCAGCAAAGAUGGAAAAGCUCAGUUCGACUCCGCUUCUGCCGGAAUCGUUCAACGGAGCGCGUGACGACAUCGCAGGGCAGAUGGCCACAAUUUGGUGGCAGAUUAAGGCGCCGCUGAUAGUGCCCUUGCUCCGCGUCGCCGUCUUCCUCUGUCUGGCGAUGUCCAUCAUGCUGGUGGCGGAGAAGAUCUACAUGGCCGCCGUCAUCACCUUCAUCAAGCUCCGCGGUCGCAGGCCGGAGAAAGUGUACAAGUGGGAGCCUAUGAGCGACGACCUCGAGCUCGGAAGCUCCGCCUAUCCCAUGGUCCUCGUCCAAAUCCCCAUGUUCAACGAGAAAGAGGUGUACCAACUCUCCAUCGGAGCUGCGUGCGGCCUGUCAUGGCCGUCGGACAGGAUUAUAAUCCAAGUGCUCGACGACUCGACCGAUCCAGUGACCAAGGAUUUGGUGGAAAUGGAGUGCAAGAGGUGGGCGAGCAAGGGCGUAAACAUCAAGUACGAGGUGAGGGACAACCGGAACGGGUACAAGGCCGGCGCGCUCAAGGAAGGCAUGGAGCUGAGCUACGUCAAACACUGCGACUACGUUGUCAUCUUCGACGCUGACUUCCAGCCGGAGCCCGACUUCCUGUGGCACACCGUUCCCUUCCUCCUCCACAACUCCGACCUCGGGCUAGUCCAAGCUCGCUGGAAAUACGUGAAUUCGGAUGAAUGUUUACUGACAAGGAUGCAGGAGAUGUCCCUUGAUUACCACUUCUCAGUGGAGCAGGAAGUAGGAUCAUCCACUUACGCUUUCUUUGGCUUCAAUGGAACCGCCGGGGUGUGGCGGAUUGCUGCUCUCAAUGAAGCCGGUAGUUGGAAAGACCGAACCACGGUCGAGGACAUGGAUUUGGCGGUCCGAGCUAGCCUCAAGGGCUGGAAGUUUGUAUUCCUUAGAGAUCUCAAGGUUAAAAAUGAACUACCAAGUAGCUUCAAGGCUUACCGAUAUCAGCAACAUAGAUGGUCUUGUGGUCCGGCAAAUCUUUUCAAGAAAAUGUUCAUGGAAAUUAUAAAUAACAAGAAAGUAACUUGGAGGAAGAAAUUCCAUGUAAUCUACAGCUUCUUCUUUGUCCGCAAGGUGGUUGCUCACGUUGUAACCUUUGUGUUCUACUGCAUCGUGAUUCCUGCAACAGUCUUUGUUCCUGAGGUGCAAAUACCCAAGUGGGGAGCUGUCUACAUACCCUCCAUCAUUACUCUUCUCAAUGCUAUCGGAACACCGAGAUCUCUCCACUUGAUUGUAUUCUGGAUCCUGUUCGAGAAUGUCAUGUCUCUCCACAGAACAAAAGCUACCUUUGUUGGCUUGUUAGAGGCAAGAAGAGUGAACGAGUGGGUGGUCACUGAGAAGCAAGGAGAUACUGCUAAACUUAAAAUGGCCAGCAAAGCAGCAAAGAAGCCACGAAUCGCGAUUGGUGAUCGAGUACACUUGUUGGAGCUGGGAACAGGGGCUUACCUCUUCUUUUGUGGGUGCUAUGACAUGACCUUUGGGAACAACCAUUACUUCAUCUACCUCUUCCUCCAAGCAUUUGCCUUCUUUAUAGUCGGUUUUGACUAUGUCGGCACAUCCAUCCCUGGUUCAUAAUAGUCUGUUGCCAAAGGCUUGUCAUGACUCUUCUACCUAAAAUAUCAUAUAUAAAGUAAUUGUUGCGAGUCAGCUGCUUCAAAGAAAGAAUUCAUUCAUAGAAGACCUCCACUACCAUCUACUAUUCUUGUGUGAAUAUAUAUAUAAUAGUUAAGUGUAAGUGUUUGUGACAGAUACAGGGAAUUUUUCAGCAUACGUGCGAAGACUUUCUUUAGUUAAAUUGAGAGAAUGAAACAAUCAACUAGUCAUAUCCCACUAAGUGGGAUUGAUUAUAUAAAUUCUUGUAUGUUAAUGAAUUUUAUCUACUAUCAUUAUCUAUAUUUAAAUAAA